GUCGAUAGAGGGACGUGAAUAUGAUUCAGGCGCUCUAACGGGCAGCUUCGUGACGUCAUCUGCGCGCGGCGAGAGUAGGACCCCGGGCUAAUCAGGAGCGACAAGAAACGAAACUGGGGUCGAUUGGCAGUAACUGCGUGUGAUUCCACUGUGUCUGAGGCUGUGAGGAGGCUUUUUCUACAUGCCCAAUAUUAUGCUGGUGAUGUUCUGAGGGGACCCGCUUAUGCUCUAACGUGGCAUUCUUGACUUCUUCAGUAACUUUGCAUGUGCUGUCCAUUACGCAGGGAAAAUGAAGAGGAGAUCUGACUCCGAGCAGCAGCCCAACAGCGUUCAGAGCCGUAAGAAAAAGCGGAUUGAAGAGUUAGGUCUGAAUCUGAGCUCCACCUCUGACGAUGAUACACAAUACAGCAACCAUGGUACUCAGGAGUCUUCCACAAGCAGCACAGGCUCUGACAGUGACAGCGAAGAGAAGAGGCCUGUAUUUGGCUCUGGCAGAAAUGAGACCCUGUCUGAACCUCUUGCAGAAGGCACUUCCUCCCGUUAUGCCAUGUACAACAGUGUCUCGCAGAAGCUCAUGGCCAAGAUGGGCUUCCGUGAGGGUGAAGGUUUGGGGAAAUUUGGCCAAGGCAGAAAAGAAAUCAUUGAAUCUUCCAAUCAAAAAGGCCGAAGGGGUCUGGGCAUGGUCUUAAAAGGAUUUGAGAAAGAAUUGAAUAUAAACUGGCGGACUGAGCCAGAGGCUACUGCUUAUGAAGAAGUGGACUGGUUCCCAGAAUGCACCACCGAGAUCCCAGAUGCUGACGAGUUGUCGGACUGGAUGACUGUGGGGAAGAGAAAGUUGAUCAUAGACGAUGAGUCUGAGUUCUGUCGGGAAAAUCUCCUGACUAGCCUGCUGCAGUGCAAGAGUGCAUUUGAUGAGCUGGAAGGGGAGGAGAUGAGACGUGCCAGGACCCGAUCUAACCCAUAUGAGAUGAUCCGAGGAGUCUUCUUCCUUAAUCGAGCAGCAAUGAAAAUGGCCAACAUUGACCAUGUAUUUGAGUACAUGUUUACCAACCCUAAAGACUCGCAAGGGAAGCCAAAGUUGAAGGAGAAGGAAUCAGAGCUGUUGUAUUUUGCUGAUGUCUGUGCUGGACCCGGGGGUUUUUCAGAGUAUGUACUGUGGAGAAAGAAGUGGCAUGCUAAGGGCUUUGGCAUGACCCUAAAGGGACCCAAUGACUUCAAGCUGGAGGACUUUUACGCUGCUCCUAGUGAGCUCUUUGAACCUUAUUAUGGGGAAGGAGGAGUGGAUGGCGACGGAGAUGUUACUCGACCCGAGAACAUCACAGCCUUCCGAAAUUUUAUCCUUGACAACACGGAUCACAAGGGGGUCCACUUUAUGAUGGCAGAUGGUGGCUUCUCUGUGGAAGGGCAGGAGAACAUUCAGGAGAUUCUCAGCAAGCAACUCCUUCUGUGCCAGUUCCUGGUGGGACUCUCUGUUGUCCGAACAGGAGGACAUUUCAUCUGCAAAACGUUUGACCUGUUCACUCCAUUCAGCAUCGGCCUCAUUUAUUUGUUGUAUUGCUGCUUUGAGCGAGUUUGCCUUUUCAAGCCUCUGACCAGCCGGCCAGCUAACUCUGAGAGAUAUGUGGUUUGUCGUGGACUGAAAGAGGGCAUUGAUGACGUACGUAAUUACAUGUUCACUGUAAAUUGCCGUCUCAAUCAUCUGCGCAAUUCAGAUCAGGAUGUCAGUUUGGUGGUUCCCCUGGUGGUGCUUAAGGGGGACAGGCAGUUCUAUGACUACAUGGUCCGUUCUAACGAGAGCCACUGUGAAGUGCAGAUCAAGGCCCUGGCCAAAAUCCACGCUUUUGUCCAAGAUUCGACUCAGAGUGAGCUGCGCCAGGCAGAUAUACGCAAGGAGUGCCUGAAGCUGUGGGGGAUUCCAGACCAGGCGCGAGUGGCACCAACUAAUACUGAUGCCAAGACCAAGUUUUUCCAACUGAUUCAGAGCCAGAACAUUGAUGUCUUUAGUUACAAGCCGACGCCACUCACUGCAAAGACCUUGGAAAAGCUGAUCCAUGUCUUUGACUACAGAUGUAUGGUGUGUGGGAGCGAACCAAAGUUCCUCCUGGGCUUGGGGCGAUCUCAGAUAUACACUUGGGGGGGUCGUUCCAACGAACGCUGGACUAAACUUGACCUGAAAACGGAGCUGCCACGUGACACCCUGCUUUCUGUGGAGAUUGUUCAUGAACUAAAAGGAGAGGGGAAAGCGCAGAGGAAGAUUAGUGCUAUCCAUGUACUUGACGUUCUAUUUCUCAAUGGGAUGGAUGUACGGACGCACCAUUUCACUCAGAGAAUCCAGCUGGCAGAGAAAUUUGUCAGGGCAGUUUCCAAGCCAAGCCGGCCUGACAUGAAUCCAAUCAGAGUGAAGGAAGUGUAUCGGCUUGAAGAGAUAGAAAAGAUCUUUUUACGGUUAGAUAUGAAGCACGUUAAGAGUUCUGGGGGAUACCUGCGCCUUUCCUACACCGGCAGAGAUGACCGUCACUUUGUGCCAUGUGGCCUCUAUAUUGUUAAAACUAUAAAUGAUCCCUGGACUAUGGCCUUCAGCAAAAGUCAGAAACGCAAAUAUUUCUACAACUCUAAGACAAAGAGCUCGCAAUUUGAAGUCCCAGUGGAGUCCAUUGCUCCAUUUCACACCUGCUACUUCGGGCGCCUAUUCUGGGAGUGGGGGGAAGGGGUGCAGAUUCACGACUCCCAGAAACAAGACCCCGACUCGGACAAACUCUCCAAAGACGUUGUCCUGCAGUUCAUUCAGGCGCAUCAUCCGUGCAUGUCCUCCAGCCUGACAGAAGAUAGGUAGUAGGGCCCCAGGGGGCCCGCACUGGGAGACACAGGCACAGCAGCAAUUCUGGACUGCAAGAGUUUCUCCAGCCUUCGUGUUACUUACCUGCUCCUGUGCGACUUACCUCUAUCCUGUGCUGAUCCAGUGACUCGCUCAGUCCAAAAUUCUCAUGAAGUCCUGUCGGGCCACCAGUACUUACUUUGGCCUGAGGUGUGACUUUGGUUUUAUGCCUAUGACUUCAGGCCCUCCCACACCCUGGUCCCUUAUCAUUGUAAACUACAUCUCCCAAAAUGUCUGGUUCAUUAAAAGCUUCCAGCACCUUCAGACAGACUAUAGAUGUUCCUGCAUGACCCUGGAUUCUCUCUUCUGCCCUAAAAAUUGCUAAUACUCCCUUUUUUGCCCUUUUUUUAAAAAAAAUCUGAAAUUGGCCAGCUUGCUUUUAAUCUGAUUGGCCGGAGCUUCUCAUUGGAUACCGGAAUGAAAAAAAAGAAAACCACACAGUCAGUUACAGAAUGUGGGUCACAUGGUACUGGGGAACCAGAUAUCAGCUGAACUGGAGGUGCACCAUAGAGAGGGGGGUACUGGAUUUAAUAUCAUGUUACUAUGCAGUUGACCCCUGCUAAUUCAACAGGAUCUGCCUCAUUGGAUUUACCUUCUUGUGGAUCCCAGUCCAGUGCUGCAUGUUGUGCAGAGUCCAUGCCGGAACUUUCCUUGGCACUUUUUUGUCUGUGCAUGGUUUGUGCUACCUACCCGUGUGCACUAAUAGAGACAUGCAUCAUCCCCAUGGCAAUAAAUGCCUCCCGUCCCCUCGGUGUCAUUGGACUUUUCUAUUAUGAUUAUGAACUGUGGGGGGAGACACUGAGGCAUGAAAAUGGGUCCUAUGUGUUUGUGUCUUUGUUCUGUGUUGCUGAAAUCCAAGUAUAAUUUUUGUGUCCCCCAUGUCUUCAGCUUCUCCUUCUCCAACCUGCCCAGCACCCCUCAACCUGACCUCCCUUAUACUAAGGAACCCCUCUCUUAAUAGGGGAUCCCAUAACCUGACUGUCCUUACAGUAAAGAAACCCUUCCUAUGCUGAUGGUGAAGUCUCCUUUCCUCCCCACCAAUAAAUAACUCAUUCACCCUCUCUUGAUUUUGGGGAUCCCAUAACCUGACUGUCCUUACAGUACAGAAACCCUUCCUAUGCUGAUGGGGAAAUCUCCUUUCCUCCCCACCAAUAAAUCAUUCACCAUCUCUUGGUAGAAAAUCCCAUUACUGUAAGGGCAGUCAGGUUAAGAACCCAUUUCUAUGCUGAUGGUGAUACUGCCUUUCCUGCCCAGAGAUUGUCUAUAUCAGCUGUCAGCAUGUUGAUUUGACUCUAUCACCAGGCAUUACUAGUGGUUCUGAAUGCGGCCUCUUUGCAUUCUGGUUAAUUAUCCACAUUAUGAGCAAGUUUCAGUCUUUGCUGCCAGUGGACAGACGUAGGUGGGUACCAGCAGUGUCCCUGACCGACAAUAUGGAGUUUUACAUUUAGUGGUGCUAGGGAGUCAUGUGAUUUGGUUAUUAUGAGGCUCCUUGUUGCCUUUAAUGGAAAACUCCCCCCCCCCCCGAACAAUGUAGGUCUCUAUAAAAAUAUAUUGAAUAAAACAGCUUGUAUGUAAAACCCUGCUUCAUGUAAAUAAA